GGUGCAUUGUGGGAGGAGACCCGGUUGUUUGGAAAUGGCAGCCUCAAGAAACGUGAAUGAUUAAAGUAGCUGUAAAUCUUAAAAAGCUGCAUGGAGGCCGUCUUUGUUAAAUAGGACUCAAUGUUUAGUAACAGAUGUUCACUGGUGCUUUUCCAGUCCUUGAACCAGCAGAGAAAUAAUACAGACAGACGUUAUUGAAAAUGGACCCUGCAGAUGAAAGGCCAAAUGCUGGAAAUGAGGUGUCAGCACAAGGAACAUCACAUUCAGUUGGAUAUACAACAGGUAAUACUGUGUCGUCAAGAGCAGCUUUAAAAAGAAAGUCUGAGGUGACACAGAAGAAAGGGCCAAAAAAAGCCAAAACCUCACGGAUUUCCAGGACGGCUCAACUCGGAUACACUGUUCACCAGGGAGAAGAUAUGCUCCUAAUUGUGUCCAGCAGCAGGUCUCAGUAUGAAGACAGAAGAUGGACUAAGAAGAAAGGAAACAAAAAGAAGAAACUAGUUAAAAACAAAAAGACAUUAGUCCAGAAUAAAAAGAAAAUGACAGUUCGCCCAAAGCCUGUUCUUAUACCGGUAAUAGAAAAGGAAGAAGAGGAAACUGCUCCACUUGUGCCACUGGAGGCGUUGGAUAACCGAUGGGGAGAGAGUCUUCCAGAGGAGGUGCUUAUUCACAUCUUUCAAAAGAUAGUUGUCCAAGAUGGAGCAGUACCAUUUCUCUGCAGAGUUGCCCGAGUGUGUCGAUUAUGGCAUACAGCGGCCUCCAGUCCAGCCUUGUGGCGCAGUGUCACUGUUGGCCACUGUUGGAUACAACCGAGGAGGAGCCAGCUGCCCAAGACUGAGAAGAGGAUCAUGGAUACCAUCAGCUGGCUUGCAGAAAACAGAUUCUCUCAGCUGCAGGAGUUUUCUCUUUGUCACUGGAUACGUAAUGUAAAUCAUGCUGUGCAAAUUGUGUCCCACUCUUGCCCUCACCUGCGUUGUCUAAAACUGUCACACUGCUCAGGUUUAACAAAGAAGGCAUUUGAUAGCCUUGGCCUCCAUAGUCAAUCACUGCACAGAAUAGAUCUUCAGUACUCUGAGUUUCAGGUUGAUGGUCUUCUGGAUUUCCUUGAAUCUAAUGGUAGCCAGAUCAGAGAAAUAUUAUUCACACAUGGACCAAAAAUAGACAGAGUACUGGCUGCCCUCAGUAGGGGGUGCUGUCCCAAUUUAGAAUUGUUAGAGACAAACAGGAAACUGGACACUAACCUUUGUGAACUACAUGUGUGUAUCCAAGGACUGCAGACAGCUUGCCCUAAACUCAAAACUUUUCGAAUGAUGAAUGUAAUACCAAUGAAUAAAAACAUGCGUGGUGUGGAGUUGUCCUGUGGUUUUCCGAUGUUAGAGGAGCUCUCUUUGGCCACCACGUCGUACUCUUUCACUUCCGAUAAAGACCUUCUCAACAUCCUGUUCAGGUCAACCAAACUGCGAGUGUUGGAUCUCAGAGGAUGCACAAGGGUCACACCAGCUGGACUUGCUGCUUUGCCCUGCUCUAAUCUCGAGUGUCUCUUCUGGGGCCAGUACUUCAGUAACGGUGUCGGAUCUUCGUCACAGCCCAAGACUGGUCUUCAUUUGUUGACCCAAAAGUGGGGCUCCACUCUGCAGCAGCUGGACAUUGCCAACCAGCUCUUCACAGAGGACGACCUAGAGUGUGCCAUAAGUUUCCUCUCUCAAACCCGUGAAACUCUACGCUCCCUCAAUCUCAGUGGCACCAGGAUCACACCAGCACCACUCAAGGCACUACUUGGACAAGCAAGUUCUCUAAAUUACCUCAACCUGUCAUCAUGCCGCUGUCUCCCAAGAGGACUAAAGCGGAUUUACAGAGACCAGGAAGAUAUUCAUCAGUUACUUGACAAAUUGGAAUAGAUAUCUUGCUCUUCAUUUGCUCUUUAUUUGAUGCCCCUUUUGUGUUGUACAUAUGCUGACCACUAUGUAAAACUAAAUAAUGGUAUAGGUUUGUUCAGUUACAUACUUUGUUCUUCAGGUGGCAUUCUUUAACAUUCAAUGCUGGAUCUAAAUUAAAUGUUUCCAGGUACUAUAUAUAAACAAGUACACCCAUAGAUUUUUUUAAAAUUUAAUUUCAUUAAUAUGUUAUCCUGCAUUUUUUGUAAAUAAAUUUUUUUGAAUAUU